ACGUGCUGGAGGUCGGGCAGAACAUGCCGCCCUCGUGAUUGGCUGUGCUCUCGCCUUAGCCGCUGAUUGGACGAAGGGGGUUGCGUCAGGCGAUCGGGGCGCGGGGCGGAGUCAUUUUCCAGGCAGAAGCGGCAAGAUGGCGGCGGCAGUGUGGGCAGCGCAGCGCUUUGGCGGGCGGGCUGUUCGCCUCUUCCUCCUACCGGGCCGGACUUCUCGAAUGCUUUGUACAGUGACUCAGGAGAAAAGUACUGGACCAAAUUUGGAAGAGGAGCCCAGUCACCACAACAGUGAACAGAAAUCUGAUUCUAAGUCUGCUGCUGCUGCAAAGUUAGUAACAGAGGAAAAAGCUAAACUGGAAGAGCAACUAAAAGAAGUAACAGACAAGUAUAAACGUGCCCUGGCUGAUGUAGAAAAUCUGCGACAAAGAACUCAGAAACUGGUAGAAGAAGCAAAGUUGUAUGGGAUUCAGAGUUUCUGUAAAGACUUGUUAGACGUUGCUGAUGUUCUGGAGAAAGCAACAGAGAGUGUUCCCAAAGAGGAGCUCAAGGAUGAAAACCCUCAUCUGAAAAACCUCUACGAAGGUCUUGCUAUGACUGAAGUUCAGAUACAGAAAGUGUUUGGAAAACACGGCUUGGUGAAACUGAAUCCCCUUGGGGCCAAGUUUGAUCCUUAUGAACACGAAGCAUUAUUCCACGUCCCCAUGGAAGGGAAGGAGCCCGGCACAGUAGCUUUAGUGUCUAAGGUUGGCUAUAAAUUGCACGGCCGUACUCUGAGGCCCGCCUUAGUUGGCAUAGUGAAAGAACCAUAAGACUUGAAUCUGAAAGAACAGAAGUGCUAUACAACUGUUAAAUACCUGGAUAAUGGUCCACUUCACAUAGUGAUGAUGCAACAAAAGACGCAGGACCUUAAGCCCAAAGUGUUCAAACUGGAUAUGGAUAAUGCGAGGGAUUACUAUGUGAAUUUUACAUGCAUUACCUGUACAUUAUCUGUACAUUCUGAUAAAUAUUGUGAUUAAAGAGCCCUGCAUUGUAACUAAGCAGUUUCUUAGCAAAAA